AUGACGGUCAAGUUCGCAAAGAACGCGGGCAAUGGCAUCAGGACUCACAACGGGGACAUCGAUGCAAGGCCUACAUUGCGGCACAUUGCGGCAAUCCACUUGAUCAAUGCGUACGUCAAGUACAACCAAGAAGUGGAUGAACACCAGAGGUAUGCCUGGACCGACCGAGUACACCAUGACAUCAAGGAGCAAGGGCUACGCCGAAAUGCAGGACUUACAAAGGAUUGUGUGAUCAAGAGGAAAGCCUUCGAAGUUUGGGAAGACGAGUUGAGUCGUGCGCCAAAGCCUCUUGCGUUGCGCAGUGGCGAUAGCAACUUUCCACCGAAUCCCUCACGUCAUCCUGAAUGGGUGUAUGCCACGGGACGUAUCGUUCGAGAUGCACGACCGCGUGCUCAAGAAUUCCCUCAAGGUCCUCAGCAUCCUUCGCAAGACAUCAAUGAUGAUCCAUGGCGUGAUAUACCUUGGGGCAAUGCGCACCUCCACAGGCAACUCCUGCAUACGGACCGAAGAGGGCAAGGACAGGAGACGCACCGAGCGAAACUGGUCAACAGGGAAGCCAGCCUAGCUCGGCGGGCCCUUGCGGCAGCCAGCCGGAUCCAAUCUGUGACGCAGAACACUGACUAUGGCCUGGCGCUCAAGGUCUACGUGAAGCUUGGGACUUCUGAUUGGCUGAAGAUGUACUCUAGGCUUUAUCACGGCUGUGACCUACAUCCUUACGAAAACUUGCCUACGCCAGCGAUGCUCACCGUUGCUGCUCUCGUCAACUCCGAAGACGACCUCCAGGCGGCCAAAGAAAUGCGAGCCAAGCUUUCCAUAGGCGGAAAUCCCGAUGCCACAACGAUACGGUCGCAGCCAACCAUACUGUGCACCGAUUUCGAGUUGUAUGCCAAGAAUGGGGCCACCCAUUUCCCAUUGCAAAACGAGCUGAUGAGCAAAGGAUGGAGUCAAUUUGUCAAAUUCUCGCCAACGAUCAGCACAGUGGUCAAUUUCUCGGAAACGCAGAAGGUCUUUACGAACCUCAUUGACAAUCUCGAGAGAAUGCCACAGGAGCAGAAGUCGAUGGCUCAAGAGAACAUGGAGGAGAUCUUGAAGGAUACCUACAUCAAGUACUUCGACAAGCAGAACUUUGCGGGGUAUGACGCCGUGGGCGCUUACCUUACGCUUCAGCUACGAUCUCACGUGUUCAGCACCGACAAGAUCACGGAACAUGAGCCACAGAAGCAUCAUCACAGAGGGUUCGCGAUCUACGAGAAACAACUGUUUUGUGAAAAGAUGAUUUCAGCUUGCUUCCUGAACACGCAACAGUUGGUUACCUGGGAGAAGAUGCUUCGCCGGAAGACCGCUGAUAUCAAGCGUCUUACGGAAAUUUGCGUGUACUUCACGCAGUUGCAUUUCUCCUCCACAGUGAAUCUCAAUGCGUGGGUUUCUCGUGAUAGACGUCGUGCCAUCGAAGAGGAAACCAGGCGCGAUGACGUGGUCAGGAGUCCUGAGGUGGAGUGGCAGAACUUCGAUAUCGCCCUGAGUGUUCCAGAGCCAACUUACUCUGAAGAACAGUAUUGGUUCAAGAUCGACGACUACAGCACGUCGGAUGUAAAUGCUUUGGCGACACUGGAGCUUUUCUUCUGCGAACUUUGCGAACAGGAGAAGGAAGCCAACAUCUUUUGCCGGGACAACACAUCGUUCAAAUCUGAUCGACCUCAGUUUCCGGAUCGAUGCAUUGGUUGCACUUACAAGUACCUUUACAUUCAGCACUUUCAGGACGCGAAGCCAGGUGAGAACUUGCUUGAAUACAUCAAGAAGUGCUGUCCUCUUGUUUACAUGUCCGUGGGAAAAGUGGUUUCCUCAUAUGGCGGCCUUCGAUGCCCCAUUGCGACCAUCAUCGCACACUCAUCGUGGGGAAAGGCAAUAAAGCAGCUGGCAUGGGGCAGAGCCUACGACGCGCAGAACAACCUUUGCUUCGUCGCGUACUACGACGCAGGGAACGCGGCGUACGCCGGCUUUGUGAAGACGUUGUUGACUCCACAAGAAAGAGAAGAAGUGUUCCGAGGCAGCGAGAAUCCCGCUGAGGAGCUCCUGGGUGAUGUUUUCGAAUUGUCUUUGGGAUUAUUGACCUUUGGCGUACGAUACCCCUUCCUCUUCAGGAAGUGGGGAAGUCAGCGAGACAUCAAGCCGUGCAUCUACGGCAUUGAAAGGGAUGAGGCUGUCAAAAGAGACGUCGAAGAGAUCGUUGCCGUCGUCAAUGACGAAGAACGUUUCCUUGCAGUACCAUCGUCAGCGAUCGACCGGCAUCUCCGUGGGAGUGUUGGUAUGGGCGGUGAGAAUGAGGUUGAGGAAAUUCACUACGAUUUCUCGCACGGUGUGGACACAUCUACACUACCACAAGAAGAUGUUCGCAUGGAUCAUGAAGAACCAGAGGGAGGCGCAGCCGUUGGCGAAAGCGAUGCUUUGAGGAUAGCGAGAGCAAAGGCCUGGGACGCAACAAGGCUUCUCGUUCAUGGCUCGUUCGACGUGAACACCGACAAUCCUCAGAACCUAUGCGUACUAUGCGGAAGUUCGGAGCACGGGUUCCGUGCAUGCAACAGCAACUCUGAGCUGAAACGGGUUCUCUGUGAUGCUUUCGAGGCCAUGACCAAUGCUAUUACCUCAUUUCCCGAGGUGUUAUCCCUAUCACAGGAGACCACCGAGAGGCGAACUGAUCGUGAAGGUCAAGCAUCAGCUGCAUCGAUGGACGUUGACAUUGAAAUUAUUGCUUCUUCUUCCACGAGACGUCCGAAGGCGAAAGCUAUGCCCAGACGUGGAGCCCAUGGGGCACACGCUGGCAUUCGCGUUAUCGAGUACGACUCACCUCAGGUUCUCGGAUACGCCAUCAACCGACGAAGAGGAGAACGUGACGCUUGCGGUGAGUCCAUCUUCGCUGUGGGAUUGCGAAACAACCAUGAAGUGUGCAAGAAGAUUGAGCAGUGCACUUCACACCGGGACAGGAAAUGCCUCAACGAGGAGAUCGAAGGCUGUACCCCCACGUGGACGAGAACGACCAUUGGCAAGGGUAUGCAAACCCAUCCUACGUUUGCAUUUCCGACGACGUCCAUUGCGGAAUACUGGACCAGAUCCCAGACCGGGGCUGCCAUUUCUGUCAUCCUGAUUGGAGAGGAGUACGUCCGUGUCCUCCAGUGGUAG